AGGAAUUGUGUUGUGUGCUAGCAACAACUGGGGCCCACACAGUGGAGACAGAAGCUGUCACCCCAUCGAGGCAUCACUGGGAAGGUGUUGUUCUGUCUGGUGUGUAAACAGUAUUAUGAGUGUUUGUCAAGGCUGUGUUCAGGGCCCGGCCUGUGCUAGCUGAGGGGGAAGGCACUGCUCUGCACACUGCAGUGGCUGCUGGGGCCUCAGCCUUCAGGGGUUCGGGACGUAAGGUGAGCUGCCAGGUAGAGAGCAGGGCUGGCGGUGGUGGGGGAGGCGGCUUUGGUGAGCAGUCUCUGUGCUCGCCUCGGUGAACUGCUGGUGCUCCAGGAAGGAUCACACGGGAGGCAUUGAGUGCUGUGGACUUUUCUGACUGCUGGACUGAGUGUGCAGGGCCAACAGGUGAACCACUGAGCCCUUCACUAUGUCUGAUGGAGAUUAUGAUUACCUCAUCAAGUUUCUAGCUCUGGGAGACUCCGGUGUAGGGAAGACCAGUGUGCUUUACCAGUACACGGAUGGGAAGUUCAACUCCAAAUUCAUCACCACAGUGGGCAUUGAUUUCAGGGAAAAGAGAGUGGUGUACAGAGCCAGUGGACCUGAUGGAGCCAUUGGCAGAGGCCAGAGAAUCCACUUGCAGCUGUGGGACACAGCAGGCCAGGAGAGGUUUCGUAGCCUGACAACAGCCUUCUUCAGAGAUGCAAUGGGCUUUCUUCUGCUUUUUGAUCUGACAAACGAGCAAAGUUUCCUCAAUGUCAGAAACUGGAUAAGCCAGCUGCAGGUGCACGCGUACUGUGAGAGCCCAGACAUAGUGCUGUGUGGAAACAAGAGUGAUCUGGAAGACCAGAGAGCGGUGAAGGAGCAGGAGGCCAAAGGACUUGCGGAGAAAUACGGGGUCCCUUACUUUGAAACCAGCGCUGCCACCGGUGCCAACAUAAGCCAAGCGGUCGAGACGCUCCUGGACCUGAUAAUGAAGCGAAUGGAGCGGUGUGUGGACAAGUCCUGGAUCCCAGAGGGCGUGGUGAGAUCCAACGGGCACAUGGCCUCUGAGCAGCUUGAAGAGAAGGGGAAGGGGGCGUGUGGCUGCUGAGGCCCGGCGGCCUGCACUGCACAGCCUUCUGGGAGGCCCC